GGGACGAAUCCUUCAAUUCCAUCACCGGUCUCAACGGUAGUGGAAAAUCGAAUAUUCUCGAUGCCAUCUGCUUUGUCCUCGGUAUCACCAACAUGAGCACCGUUCGAGCGCAAAACCUGCAGGAUCUUAUCUACAAGCGCGGACAGGCUGGAGUCACCAAGGCCAGCGUCACUAUAGUCUUUGAUAAUCGCGACACAGCCAAGUCGCCAAUCGGGUUCGAGGAAUAUGCGAGCAUUUCCGUAACGCGACAGAUCGUUCUAGGCGGCACUAGCAAAUAUCUCAUCAAUGGCCAUCGCGCGCAGCAGCAGACAGUGCAGAACCUCUUCCAGAGCGUCCAGUUAAAUAUCAACAACCCGAAUUUCUUGAUUAUGCAGGGUCGGAUUACAAAAGUGUUGAAUAUGAAGGCUGUCGAAAUUUUGUCGAUGAUUGAAGAGGCUGCCGGUACUCGCAUGUUCGAGGACAGGAAAGAGAAAGCUGCGAAAACUAUGGCGAAGAAGGAGAUGAAGGUGCGCGAAAUUGAAGGGCUGCUGAAUGAAGAAAUUGAGCCCAAGCUCGAAAAGCUUCGCGGUGAAAAGCGCGCCUUUCUUGAUUUCCAGCAAACGCAGAACGACGUGGAGCGUCUCACGCGCUUAGUGGUAGCCCACGAUUAUGUGAAGAGCAAAGAUAAGCUACAAAUCGCAGGAGAAGAAUAUGAAGCGAAGAAAGCCAAAACACAGAAUCUCGAAGAUAAUGCGACGCGGCUCAAGAGCGAAAUUGCGCAUCUGGAAGAAGAUGUGAAACGCGUUAAAGCUAUUCGCGAAAAGGAACUGCGCAAAGGUGGCAAGUUCCAGGCGUUGGAAAACGAUGUCAAGGAACACUCGCACGAAAUAGUCCGACUGGCAACUGUUAUCGAUUUGAAGAAUACUAGUAUGGCAGAAGAAAAAGAAAAACGGAAAGCCAGCCGGAAGAAUGUUGCUGAGCUGGAAAAGCUACUCAGGGAUAAGAAAAAAGUCUACGAUAAGCUCCAAGAGAAAUACGACGCUGCGAAAACGGAACUCGAUGCCCACAAUGCAGAAGUUGAGACGAAAGAAGAGUUGCUUCAGACGUUGCAGACCGGUGUCGCAUCCAAGGAAGGUCAGGAAAACGGCUAUCAGGGACAGCUUCAAGACGCGCGAAAUCGUGUCAGUGCUUCUACGACAGAACAGGAACAAGCCAAGCUUAAAAUUAGCCAUCUCGAGAAAAGAAUCAAGGAGGAAGAGCCGCGCGCGAAAAAGGCCAAAGAGCAGAACUCCGGGCUCCUUAAGGAUCUGGAAUCCUUGAGAGCACGAGCGAAGAAGUUGGAGUCUGAGAUGGCCAAACAAGGGUUUGAGCCUGGCAAGGAGGAACAGAUGUAUCAGGAGCAAUCUACUUUACAACGAGACAUUCGAGAGCUUCGGGAAAAAGCAGACAGUUUGAACAGAAAAGUAGCAAAUCUGGACUUUUCUUACUCCGAUCCCUACAGUGGCUUCGACCGAUCAAAGGUUAAAGGCUUGGUUGCUCAAUUGUUCACGCUUGAUAAAGACAAAACUCAGGCCGGAACUGCACUGGAAAUCUGUGCGGGUGGACGUCUUUAUAACGUCGUUGUUGACAGCGCGGAUACUGGUUCUCAGCUGCUCCAGAAUGGUAAACUUCGCAAACGCGUGACAAUUAUUCCUUUGAACAAGAUCUCGGCUUUCAAGGCAUCUGUUGCGAAGAUCUCUGCUGCACAGAAAUUGGCUCCAGGGAAAGUCGAUCUCGCUCUUUCGCUUAUUGGAUAUGAUGACGAGGUUUCUGCGGCUAUGGACUACGUCUUCGGUUCAACCCUCAUUUCUCAAGAUGCCCAGACUGCUAAGACGGUUACAUUUGACCCCAACGUUCGCUUGAAGAGCGUUACUUUGGACGGUGAUGUUUAUGAUCCCUCCGGAACCCUUUCUGGAGGCAGCUCGCCAAAUUCAAGUGGUGUACUUGUGAUUCUUCAGAAGCUCCAUGAGAUUACAAGAGAAAUGAAGAGUAAAGAACGCCAGCUGUCAAGCUUACAAGAGACCAUGGCAAAGGAAAAGAAGAAAUUGGAUGCUAUGCGGGCUAUUAAGCAAGAAUUGGAUUUGAAGAACCAUGAGAUCAAGCUCACAGAAGAUCAAAUCAACAGCAACAGUUCAUCUUCGGUAAGUAUGGUGAAGAUUACAACCAAGUAUUUGCGCUAAUCUGAGCAGAUCAUCCAUGCUGUCGAGGAGAUGAAGGUGAACAUUGAACAGCUGAAGAAUGACAUUAACGACGCAAAGGCUCGCCAUAUUGAGGCGUCGACGGAUAUUAAGCGAAUCGAGAAGGACAUGAAGGAAUUCGACAACAACAAAGACAGCAAGCUUGCCGAAUUACAAACCUCUCUUGACGGCUUGAAAAAGAGUCUCAACAAAAACUCCAUCGCCGUCAAGACAUUGCAAAAGGAACUGCAAGCCUCGCGACUCGAGGCCGAACAAGCCGGAAGUGACCUGUCAGCUGCUGAGGAACAGUUGGCUGAAGCGGAUAUCGCUGCGAAGGCCCAGAUUGAAGAAAUGGAGGCUCUGAAGAAAGAACAGGCAAACAUCAAGGUGAGUGUAUAAUGGAGUCUAUUAGCGAAGACACUGA